UCUUGAUUCAGGCUUGACAGCUGAAUUUGGAAAAAACACAUGGAUUCCGACGCUGAAAUUCCAAGAUGGCGGAUGGUGGUGAUUGGGGUGCUCUAGUUGAUGAUUUUGAAGAGCAAGUAACGAAAGAAGUAGAAAAUAAGGUAGGCGCUCUUCAAGUGGAAGAGAAACCUGCUGCUGGUGCUGCUGCUGCCCCAGAAAACGAUGAUUUGGCAAUUCCAAGCGCUGAAGCCUCUUUGAUGACAAAAGUUCUUCGGGAGAACAUUAUUGAUGUUAAAGCAGAUGUGGAAGUGCAGCAAAAAGAUCCCAACUCUCCAUUGUACUCUGUGAAGACCUUUGAAGAACUGAAUUUGCCAGAAAAGUUAUUAAAUGGUGUAUAUGCAAUGAACUUCAACAAACCAUCGAAAAUUCAAGAGACAGCUUUACCAAUGUUGCUAGCUGAUCCUCCGAACAAUAUGAUUGCACAAAGUCAGAGUGGAACUGGUAAAACAGCUGCUUUUGUGCUGACUAUGUUAAGUCGUGUUGACCACAAGAAACCCUACCCACAGGCCCUCUGUUUGUCUCCUACUUAUGAACUGGCACUUCAAACUGGUGGUGUGUUGGAGAAAAUGGGGAAGUUUUUAAUAGAAGAUGGUUUAAAAGUAACAUACGCUGUUAAAGGAUCAAGACCUUCUUUGGGUGCAAAAUGCAAUGACCAUAUCAUUAUUGGUACACCUGGAUCAGUGUUGGACUGGAUCAUGAGGCACCGUUCUUUUGAUCCAAAGAAACUUUCAGUUUUUGUAUUGGAUGAAGCUGACGUAAUGAUUUCACAACAGGGUCAUCAAGAUCAGAGCAUCAGGAUUAAAAAGACAAUGAAACCAGAUUGCCAAAUGUUACUUUUUUCUGCCACAUAUGAUAAAGAAGUGAUGAAUUUUGCAUCAACCAUCGUUUCAGAUGCUGUGGUCAUUCGACUACGUAAGGAAGAAGAGAGUUUGGAUAACAUUAAACAGUAUUAUGUCAUGUGCGCAUCUUCUGAAGAAAAGUAUGAAGCUUUGGCUAAUUUAUAUGGCGCUCUAACUAUUGGACAGACUAUGGUGUUUUGUCAUACAAGAAAAGCAGUAAAUUGGUUGGCAGAGAAAUUAUCCAAAGAUGGCCAUGCUGUAGCUUUGUUAACUGGGGAAUUAGAAAUUGAACAAAGGCUGGCUGUUUUGAAUCGUUUCAGAGACGGAAAAGAGAAAGUUCUUAUAACUACUAACGUUGCUGCACGUGGGAUUGAUGUAGAACAAGUCACUAUUGUUAUUAAUUACGAUUUACCUAUAGAUCAAUUAAACAGACCAGAUUUUGAAACUUAUUUACAUAGAAUUGGACGGACCGGUCGUUUUGGAAAACACGGAUUAGCUAUUAAUUUUGUUGAUGGACGCAGAACUAUGGCAAUGGUAGAAAGUAUAAGCAAGCACUUUAAUAAGCCUAUCGAAUUGUUGCAAGUCGAUGAUUUGGAUGAGUUGGAGAAAUUAUCGAAACCUUAAAGAAAUUAUUGAAACCUUA